UCAAAAUUUCAUAUGGCAACUUUAAAAGUUCUCAGCAUUGUUCUCUUUGUGUUGUUUGGUGUAAGCAUAUGUUCUGCUACGAGAAAACUAUACGACAAUCGUGAGGUUGGGGAUUUGGGCACACAAUAUGGAGGUGUCGUAGGCAUUGGAGGUGACGGUCCUAGUCGAGGAUAUGGUGGUGGCGGUGGUAGUGGGGGCGAUGGUGGAUAUGGAGGGCCUGGUGGACCAGGUGGAGGAAGUGGUGGAUUAAUUCCUGGUGGUGGAGUCAAAGGAGGUAGUGGAUAUGUUCCUGAUGAACCCGGCGAAGGAGGUGUUGGAAAUAUUCCUAGUGGACCAAGUGGAGGUGACAUUGGAUAUCCUGGUGAUCAACCUGGUGAAGGAGGUGCUGGAAAUAUUCCCGGUGGACCGGGUGGUGGAGGCAUUGAAUAUCCUGGUGAACCAGGUGGAGGAGGUGCUGGAAAUAUUCCUGGUGGACCUGGUGAAGGAGGUGGUGGAUACCCUAGUCGACCAGGUGGGGGAGGCAAUGUUUCAGGUGGAUACCGAGGAAAGCCAGGUGGACCAGGCACAGGUGGAGGUGGUGGAGGAUAUGGUGGCGGCGGCGGUGGAGGUGGAGGUAGAGGUGGUGACGGCGGCUAUGCUAGUAAAACUAGCAGUCAUCAUUAA